UCACAUGUAAAACGAAAACAAACUUUCUUUCCCAUGGAGGCCGCCAUCUUUAAAGGUCAGCCUGGGGUCAAAACGUCACAUGAUCAAUGAAAAUCCCGGUAUGGAAAUGUCGACGGUGGCCAUACCAACCGAUGUUUUGGACGAUCUUUGCAGUCGUUUCAUCAUCAACAUCCCCAGUGAGGAGAGAGAUGACCUGAUCCGGGUGUGUUUCCAGAUCGAGCUCGCCCACUGGUUCUACCUGGACUUCUUCCGACAGGAGAGACCAGAGCUGCCUUCCUGUGGCAUGAGGGAUUUCUCCUCUAUCAUUUUCAAGCAUUGUCCCUUCCUGAAUGAACAUGUGGAUACUGUGGAUAAGAUAAUGGCCGAGUGGAGAAGCUACAAAAUGAGUGUUCCUACAUAUGGUGGCAUUCUUCUUGAUGAAUCACUUGAAAAUGUUUUACUUGUACAAGGAUACCUAGCUAAAGCCAGCUGGGGGUUUCCUAAGGGUAAAGUGAACAAGGAUGAGCCUGAGGACACCUGUGCUAUUAGAGAGGUUUUAGAAGAGACAAGUUUUGACAUCACACCGCUACUGGACCCUGAGGCGUACAUCGAACACAGGAUGAAUGAACAGCUUGUCCGACUGUACAUCGUUGCAGGGGUUUCCAUGGAAACAGACUUCAAACCUAAAACACGAAAGGAGAUCAAGUGUCUGAAGUGGUUCCGAGUAGAGGACCUGCCAGCACACAAGAAGGAUACCACACCCAAAACCAACCUUGGUCUGAGCCCCAACAACUUCUUCAUGGUCAUGCCAUUUAUCAAAACAUUGAGAAAGUGGAUCACAACUAGAAAGAAAGCUGGUAGCUCAUUGCCUCCCUCCAAACACCUGACGGACACAGCAGUAGCCAAGACGGCGUCAUCGGCGACCAACAUCAACCGGAGUCAGAAGGGGAGAAAGCAGGACUCUGCACCAGACGGGACCCCGGAGAAAGACAGCCUUGUCUCACUGACAGACAGACAUCGAGCACAACAGCAGCUAUACUUCGCACAGCAAAGCCAGAAAGGGUUUGAAGAAUAUCUGAAUUGUCAGGAGCCACCUACUCGAGCCUCACGCAGGCACAAGCACAGUGAGGGAGAUGGGCAGACUCCUGACAAGAAGGGCAAGGGAAAGAAGAAGUCAUCUGGUCAACAUAAUGGAAGAGCAGAUAGGAAAAGAAUUGAUGACCUUUUUGCAGAUGCCAUGGCCAGCUACUGUGCAACUUCAAGUUCAGACAACAAGAACAUCCCGAAGUUCUCUUCCCCCUGCCUUUCUUAACUUCAAGUUUGACAGACCGGCCAUCUUUGCAAGCUUCAAUGUACAGACAAGGCACAUCAGCUCCAGAUCACGACAUGGGAAGGACUGACUUGUCUGAAAGUUUUGGGGGAAAGACCAAUGUGUGCUUUGUUGGUCACUGCCUCAGGGGUGAAGUCAGUUGGUUUUUUUUCAUCCAUGUUAUAUUCUGUUCAAAAUAUCUGCAACACAAAAUCACUUAAGUACCAGUAGUAGAAGGAAAUGUUACUGCAAUGAAAAAAAAGCGUUGCUAGGCUUUUUUCUUUCAGUUCAACUUCCUUAUGGAAAAUAUCUUCAAAUAAGCUCCACUCAAGUACAAUUGGACUACGGUUUUUGGGAUUCUUUUUGGCUGUCGUAUGUAACGUGGUUUCAGAGUUAGCCUGAUAAGAGACAAUGUCUUCCCAGGUAUGUUUUAAUGUUUUAGAGAAUGGCUAAGGAACUGGUAUUGUUUUAGACAAAAGCUAAAGGUCUGAGAUAGUGUAAGUACUUCAUGUGCUUAGCUGAAGGACAGUGUGCAAUAGCCAGAAGAAAGAGACAAAAGGAUUAUGUUUAACAAAUUUUCCAGUCUGAUUCCAUGGACUUGAGUGUAUCGACAAAAUUCUUAGCACUUUUGUGGAGGAAGUGCUAGUGUUCUUGACCAAUGCUGCUUUAAACAUCUUGCCAUACAAACUUUCCUUGACCUUGUUACUGUACAUCUAGGGGCCCUCUUGCCACUCUAUAGCUGUAUAGGUACUGAAAAACAUUAACGUAUUGUGCAGACAUAACUGUGAAUCUAGAAACUUUCAUGGUGGUUUUAUUUUGGUGGUUUUCACAAUGAACUCUUCACUGCGAACUCAUCACAAUAUGCAUUUCCAACAUGUAUUACUACUGUACUACAGAAAUGCUUCAGCAGAAGAAGCCAACAGACAGAAAUGCUUCAGUUGCAAAUUUAAAACAUUGCAAAAACAUCCCUUUACCUCCUAACACGAAAUAAAACCAACAUGAAAGUAAAUGAAUUUACGGCAAGUAUGAAGUUGAUCUAUAAGAUGUAUUCAGAUGGGCAGCUAUUGUCCCCUUGUAUGUGGAAGAACACCACAAGACAUUGACAGAUGGUUAACAAUCUAGUGAGUGUGUGAGCUCGAGAAUAGGUUUAGUGGCUUUAUGGAAAAAAAUCUGCACAGCCUGAUUUUGCAUAUAAAGUGCAGGAAUCCUUAGUUUUGGGAGAAGUAGAAUAACACUGGCUCACUAUCUGGUUUAAUGGUUUUCUGAGCAUUAGACAUGCUUGCACACUGAUGCUGAUCAGAUAUCUUGGGGUCAAAAUAAGGAGACAUCAGUAAAAAUUGUCAUUUUGAAGGUCUCACCAUGCUCUUUGAACCUCUGUAUGUAAAAGAACCCAACACACCAGCUUAUUGAGAAGAGUGGGGAUUACCCAGUGUGCUUAGCUUAACGCACAAGCCAUAGAAAAGCCACAUUGCACAAUGAGCUACUGAAAUUGCAUUUCAAGUUGGAAGAAGAAAGCUGUUGCUGAGAUCCAAGUAAUGACAUAAUUUAUGGUGCCCCAUAUAACACCCAUUGUGAACAGUUUUUACAGAUCUUGUGAGAAUAGCUAGGCUGUAUGAUCUAUUGUUAUUAUCAUUCACAGUCUUUUUAACUACAGUAUAUUUACUGUCUUGUGGCCACAUUUGUUUAACACAGGACAGCCUAUGCAUAGUUUUAUGUCGUAGUAAUUGCUUAAAUUGACAUCUCAUUCAGGUGUACAUGAAGUGUAAGAUAGUCUAUAGCAACACCAAGUGUCACUGAGAUGUGCAUGUAUGUUUGUAUAUAUACAUGCAUGUUGGACAUGUGAAGUUGUCACUGUCAGGCACUGUAAAGAUAAGAUAUACAGUUGUGUAUCUGCUGUUGAGUCUUUGCAUUUCACUGUGAUAUUCUUGACAGUUAUUUUGCAGACAAUUAAAUCAAGGACGUUAUAUGAGU